CAUAGGCAGAAGCCAUUGGGAUUGGGAGCCAACAAUCAAAAGGAAAGAAGAAAGAAAGGUCAUUACACAAAAAGUGUGGCUAUAGUUGAAAGUUUGAAAAAAUUUGACAGUUAAAUUUGUCAGGAAUUGCAAAGAUGGCUUAUGUAAACAAUAUCCUUCAACCGCACGCAGUUAAUGUUUCAGAAUAUAUGAUACCAGAUUGGCUUAAUUCAGAACAGAGCACAGGGACAUCAAUCAUGGCGUGUGAGUUUAAUGGUGGCGUGGUGAUAGGUGCUGAUUCUCGGGGUACAACGGGAGCUUACGUCUCCAAUCGUUUUGCUGAUAAAUUGACGAGAGUAACAGAUUAUAUUUAUUGCUGCCGUUCUGGCUCAGCGGCAGAUACUCAGGCAAUUGCUGACAUUGUAGCUUAUCACUUAGGAUUGCAUCAGAUGGAGCUUGGAAUGCAGCCAUUGGUAGAAACUGCUGCUAAUGUAUUCCGUGAAAUAUGCUACAACUACCGAGAUUCCCUAAUGGCUGGGAUCCUAGUUGCAGGAUGGGAUAAGCAGAAAGGUGGUCAGGUCUACAGCAUUCCCAUAGGUGGUAUGUGUGUGAGACAACCGAUCUCGAUUGGGGGUUCCGGCUCGACAUAUGUAUAUGGAUAUGUAGAUGCUCAAUACAAACCCAAUAUGUCGAAAAAUGAGUGUCUCAAACUGGUAGAGAAUACACUUGCGUUAGCCAUGGCUCGUGAUGGUAGCAGUGGCGGUGUGAUACGAACUGGUGUGAUCACAGAGAAGGGAAUUGAGAGAAAAGUCAUACUGGGUAAUGAAUUGCCGCGCUUUUAUGAAGGGUGAAGAUUAUGUCAAUAUGUUUGUCGCGAUAUGUUUAAUGUAAGGUAUACAUAUAUUUCUAAAAGGUAUAUAUUUAUGCGAGAUACAUGCCGCAUUUGAUAAUUAUAAUAAAAGA